CAAAGGCUGCAGUCGGGUAAGUGAAGCCCGCCUCCGCGACAACGGAAGCUCAGCCUCCGCGACAACAGCAAGCGAGCAGAUAGACGUACUGGGGGCGAUGCUGCUUCGCCUUCGUCCCAUGACCGCGGCGACCACCACCGUCGUCCUCCCCCAUCUCACCCCUCGCCUCUCCUUCUUUUUCCGCUCCUCUCCCUCGCUUCUCUUCUCCUCGCCGAUCACCAACCUUCGCCUGCCCCGCCGGAGAAUCUUCCCGUCGAGAUGGAGCCCUCGCCGGAGUCUCACCACUGCCGCCUUUUCCGCCGGAAAAGACCGGAAAGAUCAUGCUGAAAUGAUUGAAGAACGAUAUGAUGUCAUUGUAGUAGGGGGAGGGCAUGCAGGGUGUGAAGCUGCACUUGCAUCUGCUCGUCUUGGUGCUCGGACUCUUCUUCUUACCCUCAAUAUAGAUCGUAUAGCAUGGCAGCCUUGCAAUCCCGCAGUUGGUGGUCCUGCAAAAUCCCAAUUGGUGCAUGAAGUAGAUGCUCUUGGUGGUGAAAUAGGGAAGAUUGCUGAUAGAUGCUACUUACAGAAGCGUGUUCUGAACCUUUCAAAAGGCCCUGCCGUUCGAGCAUUGCGUGCUCAGACUGAUAAGAGGGAAUAUGCUAUGGAAAUGAAAAAAGUUGUUGAAAGCACCUCAAAUCUUUUCAUCAGAGAGGCUAUGGUCACCGAGAUCUUGGUAGGCAAGAAUGACAAUGUGGAAGGUGUUCGGACAUUUUUUGGCAUGAACUUCUAUGCUCCAUCUGUUGUACUGACAACGGGCACAUUUAUGAGUGGUAAGAUUUGGGUGGGUAGAACAUCAAUGCCUGCAGGACGGGCUGGGGAGUCUGCUUCUCAUGGACUUACUGAAAGCUUGCAACAUCUGGGUUUUGAAACUGACCGUUUGAAGACUGGAACACCUGCACGAGUUGACUACCGCAGUGUCGACUUCUCUGGUUUGGAACCCCAGUAUGGUGAUGAAGAGGUCAGUUGGUUUAGCUUUGAUCCUGAAUACCAUAUAGAAAGAGAACAAAUGUGCUGUUAUCUGACCCGUACCACAAAAGACACCCACCAGCUUAUUAGAGACAACUUGCAUGAAACACCAACUUAUGGUGGAUGGGUAGAAGCAAAGGGGCCAAGGUAUUGCCCGUCGAUUGAAGAUAAGAUAGUGAGAUUUCAAGAUAAAGAUUCCCAUCAAAUUUUUCUGGAGCCUGAGGGCCGAAAUGUUCCUGAGCUUUAUGUGCAGGGAUUUUCAACUGGUUUGCCUGAGAGGCUGCAAUUAGCUCUCUUACGAACAUUACCUGGACUUGAAAAUUGUUUGAUGCUGAGACCUGCCUAUGCUGUGGAAUAUGACUACUUGCCUGCUCACCAGUGCUCCAGAUCCCUUAUGACAAAGAAGUUUGAAGGGUUGUUCUUUUCUGGUCAGAUUAAUGGAACAACAGGCUAUGAAGAAGCUGCUGCUCAGGGUCUUAUUUCAGGAAUUAAUGCUGCCAGACAUUCAUAUGGGAAAUCUGUUAUUAUUCUUGAGAGAGAAAGCAGUUAUAUAGGUACUCUAAUAGACGAUCUUGUUACUAAAGACCUACGGGAGCCUUACCGCAUGUUAACAAGCCGCUCAGAACACCGAUUACUUCUUCGUGCUGAUAAUGCGGAUAGCCGGCUAACACCUUUGGGAUGGGAGAUUGGUUUGAUAGAUGUCAGGCGUUGGAAUUUUUACCAAUCUAAGCAAGCUCGUAUUCUGGAGGAAAAAGAACGCCUAAAGGCUGUGAGGGUUUCUGGUGGUGAUUUUGCUGCUGAGGUUUCUUAUUUAUCUGGACAACCGGUCAAAGACUCUUCUAGUCUGGAGAGCCUUUUAAAGAAACCACACAUACAAUAUAAAGUUCUUGACAAGCAUGGUUACGGAAACAAGCUUUUGUCCAGGAUUGAGAAAGAGUGUGUGGAGAUUGAUAUAAAAUACGAGGGCUUUAUUGCACGUCAGCGGAGCCAACUUCAACAGAUUGUUAAUCAGCAACAUAGGAGGCUCCCUGAAGACUUGGAUUACCAUUCAAUAAGAACUUUAUCUCUAGAAGCACGCGAGAAACUUUCUAAGGUCAGGCCACAAACAAUAGGCCAAGCAAGCAGGGUCGGUGGUGUGAAUCCUGCAGAUAUCACAGCUCUCCUAAUUUACCUAGAAGCCACUUGCAGGAAGUCCACUGAAAAGAAAAGACAGGAGUUGCUGAGAUCCAUUUCAACUGAAGCCGAUGGAACUGGCUCUUCUUUAUCCACAGCUGCACAGGCCUAAACAGAUGCAUACUUAACGUCCUUCAUAUUCUAUCAUCUCUUAUACAGGUAUGCCGCCUCAGAAGAAAUAUUUGAGGGCGGUUAUGUUUCUUGAACAAGUUUGAUACUCUGGGAUAUCUUUUUAUUACUGCCAGGUGAUCAAAUACAUUUCACUGCAUGAUCUUCCAUCUUCUAUCAGUUGAUGAAAUUUGUUCAGGUUAAUAGUUCUCCAGUCACAUUUUGAUUGUAUUUCCCAGCUGGCAAGACCUGGUAUAAUAGCCUAAAUUUAUUGAGUUAUUACUGACAGGAAAUGCUUACUUGGUUCCUUGGUCACUUUGUUUCUGUUUUUGAAGAUCACGUGUACUUCAAUUAAUGUACAGAAAAGACAGUUAAUCUUAUUUUUCCCGCUCAUUCUUUCCAAAUGUAAAUUUUCUCCUUCAUUGCGCACAAAGCUAUAAAACCAUUUAAAAGGCUCCUGUAGUUAAGUUGCUUGUUCAACAUUUGUUGUGCAAAAGCUAGAAAACCAUUAUUUAGAAGGCUCUUGUAGUUUCUUGUUCCUUAUUUUAUUUCUUUUGACAGCUGCUGCUGCUGUUGUUGUGCACGCAGCUACAAAACCAUUUAAAAAGCUCCUGUAGUUGCUUGUUCCA